AUGUCGACUCCUCCUGAUACUAGUGGAUCUCAAGCUGUUACUAUAUUUCAAUCUGUGGGUUCUCGUCCUCCAACUCGUCCACGUCUUGCAUCUGGUUCGGCAACACCGCCAUCGAGUACAGCAGCACCUGUGACUGGAUCAGGUAACAUUGAUGUGAUACAGGUAGAAGAUGAUGCCCCUGUUGGCUGUAAGAGGAAGCUAAGAUCUCCAGUAUGGAAAGACUAUAAAUUGACUCAAGUAAAUGGGGUUUGGAAAGCUAUUUGCAAAUGGUGUAAAAAACAUUUAGCUGGGGAGACUAGAAAUGGUACAACUCACUUGAAGAAUCACAGUGCUAUAUGUGACUCUAGAGCUUGUAGAAAAGGUUUAACCCAGUCUACUAUUAAAUUAAAUGCAAACUCAAAGGAUGGCACUGCCACAUUGGAGAAGUAUGUGUUUGAUCCAGAUGUUGCUAAGAAAGAACUUGCUUUGAUGAUUAUUGUCCAUGAGUAUCCUCUUUCUAUGGUAGACCAUGGAGGAUUUAGAAGGUUUUGUGCUGCAUUGCAGCCAGCGUUCAAGUUGGUGUCUAGAAACACAAUUAGAAAGGAUAUCUUUGACAUGUAUCAAGUGCAAAAGCAAUGUAUGGUGAACUAUAUCAAGAAAUUGAGUUCUCGUGUUGCUGUUACUACGGACUUGUGGACAUCAAACCACCAGAGGAAGGGUUACAUGGCAGUUACAGCCCAUUUUCUUGAUGAUGAUUGGAAGCUAAAAAGUUUUCUUAUUAGGUUCAUUUAUGUUCCAGCACCACAUACAACUGAGGUUGUAGUAGAGGUCCUUCAUGAAGUUCUCUUGGAUUGGCAUAUUGAGAGGAAUCUUUCCACUAUAACACUUGACAAUUGUAGUGUCAAUGAUAAUGUCAUGAAGACUAUGAUUGGCACUAAAGGUGAUGAUCUUGCAAAGAAUAAGGCUGCUAUUGAAGGCAAGUUACCCCUCUGUAAAAGAUGGAAUGAGUGUUAUGGAGAAGGGAAUUGA